AUCAAUUUACUCAUUAUAUGAAAAUUGGAUUUACGGAUCAGCCAAAAUUAAAACAGUUUGAAUUUAAUCAUAAUCAAAGUGAAAAUGUUCAUUAAACUUAUUGUCCUUUGUUUACUUCCAGUGUCCAUCCUUUGUACUGUGAGAUGGGAGGAUUGUGGUCAAGCUGAUCGGUCACUCGUUUUUCACAAGUUGAACUUUGCUUCUGAUAGAAUUGUCAUUGACGGUAAACAACCUCUCAAAGCUGAAGUUUCCUUUGACCUUCUCGACUCGCUUGACUAUGAUGUCCAAAUGGACGCAACUCUGAGGCGAUAUUUUACAUUUUUUGGUAUCAAGCGAAGUGUCCAAUUACCUUGUGUCAAUGACGCUGGUAGUUGUUCCGGUAAAUUCUGUUAUUUUGUUCAAUCUUAUGCUAAUCUUGCUCGUUCAUUUGCUGAACAACUUCAUGUACCUUUCGACUGUCGCAUGCAACCCACAACUUAUGCAGGUAACAUUUCAUACGCUGUACCACCGACCGCCUUCAAACGUAUUCCAUCAGUCAUCACCGAAGCACUUUCCGGAGUUUACGAACUUGUAAUCCGAUGGAAAUCUGAUGGCCAUGAGCUCGGCUGUUUAGCUAUUUCUUCCGAACUUGCGAUCAAUUUUUAAUUCUCAUAUUUAUCUUCGUUCUAAAUUUGCAAAGUCUUUCAUUGAAACCAAUAUUUAAUUGUCACACUUUCGAUUUACAUGUAAUCAUCAAUUCCAAAUAAAUAUUUAUUCAGCAAAAAUGAA